UCCGACUGGAACGCGCUUCUUCGUUGUUGGUAAACUGUCCCCACGUUGUUUCCGUAGAUGGCGAUAUCCACUGUGUCUCAACGACUGGAUCCUUGUGUGACAGUAAAAAUAACAUAGAUUUCUUGCUCAUGUCACACGUGGCUGUGUAGUGUGCCUUUCGCGUACAUCACCGUUUCACGUUGUUUGAAAUAAAGCAAUCAAUCUAAAAACCGCAACCGCAGCUUCUCUGGAUUCAUUGGAGUAUUCUACAGAAGUUGAGCCAUGGCAGCCGCUGAAGUGCACAGGGUCAUAGUUUACGGAGGAAAGGGAGCCUUGGGUGCCAAAUGCGUGGAGUACUUCAGGUCAAAAAACUGGUGGGUUGCGUGUGUUGAUUUGGCUGCCAAUGACCAAGCAGAUGCCAACGUGUUGGUAAACAUGACCGAAAGUUUCACGGAGCAAUCAAGUCAGGUCACCGGUGAUGUAUCUCAGUUGCUGGGGGAACAGAAAGUGGACGCGAUCCUCUGUGUCGCCGGAGGAUGGGCAGGUGGAAGUGCUAAAGCCAAAGUAUUGUACAAGAAUGCAGAUCUAAUGUGGAAGCAGAGCGUGUGGACAUCCACCAUCUCCAGUCAUCUGGCAACAAAGCACCUGAAAGAUGGAGGCUUGCUCACUCUGGCAGGGGCAAAGGCGGCCUUAACUGGAACUCCAGGGAUGGUGGGAUAUGGCAUGGCCAAGGCUGCUGUCCAUCAGUUGUGCCAGAGUCUGGCCGGGUCGAACAGUGGCCUCCCCUCCGGCGCUGCUGCCGUUGCUAUUCUACCAGUUACCCUGGAUACACCUAUGAAUAGGACAUUUAUGCCGGAGGCAGAUGUCAGCACUUGGACGCCACUUGAAUAUGUAGCAGAAUUAUUCUUUAAGUGGACCACUGGAGAAGACAGACCAGCCUCAGGCAGCCUUGUACAGCUACUCACAGAGGCUGGCAAGACAGAGGCAGUACCUGUAUGAUGUUUGUAAGUGUGUGUGUGUGUAUGUAUGGGCAGUAUGUAUGAACAUUUGCUUCAGUCUGUGACUCUUGGUGAGAGUACUACCUGGGUGUCAGUGUUUGCUAUUUUACAAGUCAUCUUCUUAGUUUACUGAUGAGUUUAAGUACAGUAUGCUUUAUAUUCAGUGAUAGAUUACAUAAUGUUUAUCAAAGAAUUUGAUCUCACUGAUGUCAUCCAAGCCCUUCUUGUCAUUCUCUUUGGGGUGUUGACUCUCUGGGAUGUUACACUUUUUUCUUCUCACUUGCAGUCUUUGGUUCUUAAUGUCUUUUCCAAGGCUUCAAACACAAUGUUUUGGCUUGUUACCACAGAUCAAUGUUGAAAAUCUGAAGUUUCUGAGACAUCUCACGCCUUUUUAAGAAUUUCAGUACAGGUGUGUAUCUUACGUCGAUGCCACUGUGAGUAACCAAGCCAGUGCUGAUAAACAUGACCAAGUCAUUUAAGGAACAAACAUGAGUGACGUAUCAUGUGUAAUGUUAAACUGUCACACAGGGCAACACAAACCAUAAGGCCCCUCUUGUGUUUGUGUAGUUGGCCUACUUACCAAAGCUUCAGUCUUAAACAUCAUUGAACCUUCAGAUUUCAAAAUAAUGGUAUAUGAAAUAUGGGACAUAGUUUGUAAAGUAACGACAGUAUCAUAACUUAUAUUCUACAUGCCAUAUGAUAUCCGUGUUGUUGAAAGAUGCACUGAACAUAAAUAAUAUGCAGCUGAUUAAGCAAUCAUAUACAAAUCUAUAAAACGUUGGAAUUGUACUGUGCAUUUUUAGUUCUGUACUUUUUUAAGCAUGAAAUUCAGGCAACACAAAAUAUUGCUCCAGUUAUUGUUAUUGUUUCUUGCAGGUCACUGUAGCAGAUUUUUUUUUACAGCACUUGUCAUCAUGGUUUCUCCUAAAGCGGUUAUUAUUUAUUUAUCAUUUUUAUAGCAAUGUGUUCAUAAUGUGUGGUCACAAUGCGCUGCAUCUGCUGUUUCCUUCAGUCACGGGUCUGUACUUCGUUCUUCUGCAGAAUAAAACGCAUUAACUGUUGUAAUAUUUU